CUGCCGGUGUGAACAGCCCGGAGCGUCAGGAAGCGUCAGUAUCAGUGUCAGCAGCUCCUCCCAGUUAAACCAGUGAAAUAAAGUUCCCGGAUCCGGUUCUGAGGUCAGUUUUAGUGGAUUAUAUCCGCUCACUGUUCGGGGUGAUAAAUCACAAUAACGGUAAAAACACCGGGUAUAAAGUUAAACUGUACCGGAGUGUUUGAGGCGCCGGUGGAGAAUAUUCAGCUUCUCUCUCCGGUGUUCCGUCCAGUUCUGCCCCCCGUCCAUAUCUGCUACUUAGGGGCACUGCGCAUGUGCUGAGCCAGGGGGAUUUUUUAAAAAGGGGUUUAAUGUGUUUUUAUGGUUGAGAUUAUUUUAUAUUUAUUAUUUUAUCAUUAAUAAAGUGUUGUGCGGGUUUUGUACAGAGAAGGGGGUAACAGAUCCAGCAUGGCCGCUGACUGGCUCGGAUAUGGAUACGCCGCUCUGGUGGCGCUAGGGGGCGCAAUUGGUUACAUAAAUGCAGGCAGUAUGAUGUCAUUAAUAGCUGGACUGGUCUUUGGAGUUUUGGCAGCGAUCGGUUCGCGGCAAAUCUCUCAGAAUCCAAGAAAUGUGUGGUUAAGUCUUGGGACCUAUGGGACUCUGGCAGUAGUGAUGGGUGUGAGAUUUUUAAACUCAUGGAAAGUAAUGCCAGCUGGAAUAAUGACAGGAACCAGUUUAUUCAUGUUUGUGAGAGCAGCACUGAUCUACCUGUGGCAGCAGAAGAAAUCAACAUGAAAGAAUCUACAUUCAAUAUUAAAGAUCUACUUCAUUUACAUCUGUACUUACACAGUUGGUCAUAAGACAACUUGCAAAUCUUGUUUAAUAUGAAAGUCCUGUAUUGAUUUAAGUGAUGAAAGUAAUUUUGUGUUUACAGUGGGUUUUUCAAAAUUUGUGAACUCUUUAGAAUUUCCUUAAAGUAGUUUAGAAAAGAAUUGCUGCCUUCCAGCAUACAAAACCUUAUCCUAUCAGUGAAACAUGGUGGUGGUAGUAUCAUGGUUUAGGACUGUGCAUUUGCUGCAUCUGGGCCAGGUUAACUGCCAUCAUCAAAUGAACAAUAAAUUCUGAAUUAUACCAGACAAUUCUGAAGGGAAAUGUCAGGAUGUCUCUCUGUGAGCUGAAUCUCAAGAAGCUGGGUCAUGCAGCAUGAUAGUGACCCAUAUCACACAAGCAGCAGUUUGUGGCAGAAGGAAAGCUUAACAGACUAUAUUAUAAAGUUUUCUUCCUCAAGAAUAAAUAAUCAAAUCUAAUAGUAUUGUAUAAUUUUAUUAUUCUUAUCUACUUUUAGCAUGUGUGAAGAUCUGAUCAAGUUUUUCUCAGAUUUUUUAAACCAUAUUUUUUAUAUAUUAAGAAAUAUACACAAUUUUAAAGAUAAACACUCUAUAUUCUGUCCAA